GCGACCCUGUUGGGCUGACACGUGAUGUCUCUCCCACGAGGCUGAGGCUGACAAGCAGUCGCUCAGCGCCCAACUUCCCCUCACUCGAGCUUCUGCUCAUCAUCCAUCUGGAUAAUUGCCGCGCACCAUGGAGCCGGCCGGAUUGGCAGUCGGCCUUGUUGGUCUGGCCGGGCUCUUCAACACGUGUCUGGAAGUGGUCAACAAAUACGACUCGUGGAAGAGCUUUGGCCCUGACUUCCGUUCUCUGACGGCACAGUUCGAGGCGCAGAAGAUUCGCCUGGAGAGAUGGGGCGAAGCAGUUGGGAUUGAACCCGGGGGUCUAUCAAGCCAGCAUCAUGGACUUCUGGAGGAUGCACGGAUAUUGGCGAAUGUCAAGGAUCUUUUAUCGUCAAUUCAAGAGACUUGUGGUCUCCAAGACAAUAUACGUCCAACUGCGACUGGGAAAAGCCAGAUAUCUGGGAAGCAUGAUCAUUCAGGUGCGCCGCAAGGGCUGAAAAGACAGAGGCUCAAUUGGGCGUUAAGAAACAAAGAGAAACGGAUUGCGCAGGUUGGUCGAUUUUCAUCAAUUGUGGAUGACCUUCAUAACCUGGUGCCGGUUCAAGAGAGAGAUGCAUCGGCGAAUGAAGCGCCUUGGCUGCUCGAUCUAAAUAAAGUCUUAGCCGAAAUAGAACAGGAAAAAGAAGGUAAGCAGACUUUUUACCUUGCAACUUCUCCUCAUUGACGGAUAGAAAAAGUCGAAAGAAGACGCGAUAUAAAGAACUGGCUGUUAGGGGACCACUGUCAAAACGAACUUUAUGAAGUAUAUGUCAAACGGAGCGUCGAAGGAUCCUGUAACUGGGUCUUGGACCGUCCCUGGUUCCUCAAGUGGUCCUCUGUCGAC